AUGUCUGCAAAAGAAGACCAUGUUCCAAAUAAUAAAUCGGUGAUUUGGGCUUACGUACUAUGGUUAUUUGGUGGCAUAUUCGGUGUGCAUCAUUUUUACUUGCGUAGAGAUAAACAUGCGUUUGUUUGGUGGACGACCCUCGGUGGUUUCGGAAUCGGGUGGCUUGGUGAGAUAUUUCGGAUACCCCGGUAUGUACGCGAUGCAAACGGGGAUCCAGACCACAUGAAAGAGCUGAUGAUAAGAAUAAGCCGAAGUAAAAAGCCACCAUUCUCUAUGAACCGUUUCACUGGCAUGCUGAUGGUUGGCUAUUCUUGGGGUCAAAUGAUGAUGUUUGCGGUGCCUCCUGAUGAGCUGUGGGGUAUUAAUUUCAGAUACCUGAAUUAUCUCAUACCACUGGCUGCAGCCCUGGGUGUAUGGACUGUGGGUAAUAUAGGAAGAGAGAAGGGUAGUAUCAAAUGGCCCCUCGUAACAGCAUAUUUGACAUACUUCCUCCGGUAUUAUGUUUAUGAUGAGACCAUUUGGUUUACACUUAUGGUGUUGGCAUCUGCUCUUGCCUUUGACAGCUUCUCAAAAGAGUGGCGCAAGACACCUGUGCAGAAGAAGCAUGUGGUUAAGCGAGUAGCUGUUUUAUCAGUGUGCGCAUGUUUGUACCUUUCUCUUUGGGUCAGCUACUUGUACUUUCAUGGAAACAUUACAGACAGUGAAGGCAAUGAAGUCCCAAUUUAUGAAGCUUUAGAACAUUUCUUCAGUAGCCCUUGGUGGCUGGACGCGAAGCAAUGCAUCUAUGACAUUUACAUAUAUGCACAACAUCAUGGCUGGUAUGAAGUGUGGAAGCAAGUCAUAGAUCUCUCAGAUCCACAUGGGGAACAAAACGCUUAUAAGGUUCUCGGGGUUGGGCCAGAGGCUAGUCAGCAGGAGAUUACGUCGACGUGGCGUCGCCUCUCCCGUGAGAACCAUCCAGAUAAAGUAAAGGACAUUGCCCACCGGAGAGCGGCACAAGAACGCUUCAUGGAGAUACAGCAAGCCUAUGAAAUACUCUCCAACAGUAAACAUAGGAGAAAUCGCCGCAAUAAAAAGGAUAAUACUGAUAAACAAACUUCAAAGCAUGAUGAAAUGUAG